AUGAAAGGAGGAUGCAUAGAGAAAGAAAACAGCUUUGUAUGGUUGGUGAAGGCUCCUUUCCGUAUCUUCAUCAUGGCACGUGACGCCUACAUACGCAGCAUUACGUCAUGUUCUGGCACUGGAAUCCUUACCGGAGGUGGAUCUCCUGGUUUUGGUCAGCUUUCAGGGAACUUCCAAAUCUGCGAUCCACCUAGCACCGCCCUUCCUAGAAGUUUUACCUUGUCGCCAGGGCGUGAACAAAGCUGUCCGACAGGUUGUGGACAGCUUAGGACGGCGGCGAGACAAUCUUUGCCGUUAGAUCGCCGGAGGAAUUAUAGAUGUGUUGCUGUGAUGGGACGAAUCGAGGAGGAGGUUUCUUGUGAUGAUGAGUCUGAAGAAGAUCAUUGA